UUAACGACAGCAUUGCAAGCGUCGCUCGCGAUAACUAUAUACCCAAUAUUCGGGGCACCUCGACGCCACAACGACGCAACGUUUUUGUAACAAGGCGCUAUAACAUUACUCACUUGUUCUAUUAGGACUGGGAGCAGGAGCAUGGAGGUUGCGAGGGGCUUGGAUAGUUGAUUAUGGCGUCAUUGAAGGCCCAGACCUCAAUAAGCAAGCGCUUCCACGACUCAUCCCGGGACACUGCGGACAAUGCAGCAUCUGCACAGGCGACGGGGCGUCGCAAUGGCCAGCGCCUUCACCGUGCACCACAGCGACGGACGCGCUCGUCGCGCACAGCGACGGCUGCCACGCUUGAUGCAUCAAGGCUGGCAGAAUUGACACCGGCCUUUUCGCAUGGCCCCGCAAACACAGCCACGGAGGCUUCAGGAUUGCUGGAGGCAGCUGCAUCGCUCAGAUGCAAGUCGCCGGAGGACUUGUCCGACGUGCUUGCCGCUCUAAUCAUGAGCGAAUGCGUCUACAAGAAGGUGGAGGGCAUCGGGCACGUAGCAGUGGCGGCGAAGGUGUCGGAGUUUGCUUCAGCUUUCCCGCCCGGCUGGAUCCAGCUGGAGUCGCUGCAGAUCACGCUGUCCGACAUCCCGCAGCACUACAUGAUCGCCACCACGCCCACCUCGCUGGUGGUGGCCUUCAUGGGCACCAAGCGCUGGGAGGACCUGCUGGCGGACGCCAACCUGCUGCACACGCCCGUGUGGGCCGAGUCGGCGGCGCUGGCGGCGGACGCGUCGUCCAUCCCGGCGGCGCACCGCGGCUUCCUGGAGCGCGCCCGCGCCAUCCACGUGGAGCAGCUGUACGAGCUGGCGGUCAGCAGGGGGCUGCGGCUGGUGCUGUGCGGCCACUCGCUGGGAGGCGCCGUCGCGAAGCUGUGCACGCUGCGGCUGCUGCGCGAGCUGCCGGACUGGCCGCGGCCGCGCGUGCGCUGCAUCGCCUUCGCCACGCCGGCGGUGGGCAAUGCGGCGCUGGCGGAGAUGGUGGCCAACGCCGGCUGGGCUGACCACUUCGCCUCCUACUACCUGCCUGAGGACCAGUUGGUGAGGCUGAUCAGCUUCUCGCAGGCGCGCACGCCCACGCCCUCAUCGUCGCCGUCGUCGCCGUCGGCAUCGGCAUCGGCAUCGGCAUCAGGUGACGUGGCCGCUGGGGUCAGCGAUGCCGAGAGCGCUGGCAGCGGCGCCGGCAGACCGCUGGCGGCAGCGGCACUGCGCCAGCGGGAGCAGCUGCAGGUGGAGAACGGCGGGCUGCCGCGUGUGGAGUCUUCUUCGAGCGUCGGCAGCACCGCCAGCCUUGCCAGCACCGGCAGUGGCAGCCUGCUGGGCAGCGCCGGCAGCGGCAGCCUGCUGGGCACUGCCGGCAGCGGCGUGUGGAGCCCCUGGACCUCGAGCGUUGAUGGCAGUGGCGGCAGCGGCACGCCCCUGGCGCGCCGCAGCCUGUCGCUGCCGGUCAGUCGCAGCAGCAGCCUCACUGGCCUGCAAUCCGCGGCAGCUGGCCUGGCGCGGCUGACCCACACCGAGAGCCUGGAUGAGGAGCAGGCCGGCGCGGCCAUGGAGGAGAUCCUGGCGCCCGGGCCCGAUGCGCUGGAGGCCGCCGCGGCGCCCGGCGGCGUGGCGGCGCUGGCCGCGGCGGCGGCCGCCAGCCACGGCGCCGCCGCCGGCGGCGGCCUUGGCGGCGAGGGCAGCGGCAGUGACUCGGAUGGGCUGGAGGCGGCGCAGCGGCAGGCAUUGUACGGCGGCGGCGCGGGCGGCAGCUGGGGCGUGCGGCUGGCACUCAAGCGGCGGCGCGCGAUCCGGCGCCUGCGGCACCUUGCCGCCAAAGCGCGCAUCCCGCUGCCCAAGGCCCUGCUGCCGGUUUCCCGCUACCACACCUUCGGCGAGCAGUGGUUCAUCACAGAGGACGGCGCGCUCAGUCCCGAGCAGCUGGAGCGCCGCCAGCAGCGCGAGCGCGCCUCGCAGCAGCAGCCGCAGCCCGCGGAGGCGCCCGACGGCGCGCGCGGCCUGUUCUCACACCACCGCAUGCUCGCGUACAGGCAGCGGCACCUGGACCUGGUACGCAGCAUGUGCAAGCGCGCCACCGCCGCCACCGGCCCGGCCGACUGCCCGUCCGAGAUGUCCAUGGACGGCGCGGCGGAGGCCCUGGCUUCACUCGAGCAACUCGCCAGCAGCAGCAACACCAACACCGCCCCCCCUCGCGGAGCCGGUGCGGGGUCGGCGGCCCAUUCCACUGUGCUGGGGGCGCCGGCGCCGCGCGCUGUGCAGCUGAUCGACUCGCUGGUGCCGCGCAUUGCGGUGCAUCGCGCCUCGCUGCGCGGCAUCCUGCCCUGCGAGCCCGAGCCCGAGGCCGCCGAGGAAGCCCAGCCGCAGCCGCAGACCCACCAGCCGCAGACACGGGCCCACCAGGCGCAGACCCAUCAGGCGCAGACACAGGCGCACGCCGCCGCCGGCACGGAGGGCCACCUGGUGCAGCCCUCCGCCAGCACGCCCGCCAUGGGCGCCCCUGCAACCGCUGCAACGGCUGGAGCUGCUGUGAGUACGGUCAAAGGCGGCAGCUGGUGGGCGGGCGGCCGCGCACGCUCCGCGCCGGCUGCGUCCACUCACGUCUCGCCGGGGCGCGCCGCCGCGCCUGCCGACGCUGCUGCCGAGCCCAUGGCCGCUGCGCCGGCGCCGUCACUCACGCCGCCCUCCUCGGCUUCGCCUCGGCAGCCGCAGCCCAACCUGCUGCGGUGGAUGCUGGGCGGCGCGGCGGCGGACGGUGCUGGCCACCCGGCCGGACGGGGCCGCAGCCGCAGCGCCCGCAGCCGCGGCGCAGCCGCCGGUACCGCUGACGAGCCGGUGCAGUUGGAGCUGGAGCUGGAGGGCGCCAACCUGCAGUACUGUCGCAAGGUCUCCGUCUCGCUCGUGCGCAGCAGCAGCAGCAACAGCAGCGCAGGCGCCAGCGCCGUGAACGUCGCGGCUGGCGCAUCUGUGGCAGCUCCCGCCGCAAUGGCGUCUGGCUCGCUGGCUGCUACCUCGCAAACUCCUUCGGAGCUCUCUGCGGCACCCGCCGAUGCCGCGUCGCCGGCGGCUCCUCACUCGCACAGCGCAGCCGCGCCGGCCACCCCAGAGCAGCCGGCGCACGUGCCCGCCGCGCCCGAGACCGGCAUGAGUACCACGACGAGCACGGAGGUGCCGUGCGAGGUGGUUCAGGUGCUGUAUGCGCAGCCCUACACGCCGGCCGCCAACCCGCCGCCGCUGCACCCGGUCUCCCUCAUCAGCAACACGCUGCACCACUUCACCGGAAGCCUCAUCCGCCGCUACCUGCGCCCAGCGGACGCCGCGGCUGCAGCCGCGGCCGCUGCCACGGCUGCGGCGCCCGGGCUGGGCCUGGGCCUCGCGCGCGGCAUGCCCUGGCGCCGCUGGGGCCGCGGCCGGGGCGGCCGCGGCGGAGCCGCGGCCGCUGCCGAAGGCGGCGCUACUGCUGCUUCUGCUGCUGCCAACGGCAGCUCGAGCGAGGAGGAGGGCGAGGGCGUGGAGGUGCCGGCCGACGCGGCGAUGCCUAGCCGCCUGCUGCUGCGCGUGACGCUGCCGCGCUCGAUCGCCGCCGGCCUGCUGGACGGCAGCCUGCGCGGCGACGCGCACCUGGCCGUCAGCGCGCGCUCCGACUUCCACGCCGUCGCCGACGUGCGCGUGGGCGUGGCGCGGCACCGUGUCGCCAUCCUGGGCACCUCGCCCUACGCCGCCUCCCUCGUGCAGGCCGCGCUAGCGGCGCCGGCGGCGCUGGCCGUGGCGGGCCGCGGCGAGAGCGAGGCGAUGGGCGUUGCCGCCGCCGGCGCCGGCCUGUUCGGUCUGCCCUGGCUGGCGCUGCCGCUGGCGUGGUCGCGGCCGGCGCGGGCGGCUGGCGCGGCAGCCAGCGCCGAGGCCGGCGCCGUGCCCGGCGGCGGCGCCGCCGCGGCCCCGGUGUGGGGUGUGCGCCUGCCGUUCCGGGCGGGCCGCGCCGGCAGGCAGCAGGCCGCCUGCGCUGCUGAUGCCGUCGGUGCUCCUGCAGUUAGCUCGGCGGCGUCGGCUGCGGGCGCGCUGGAGGCGCAGGUGGACGCGGCGGCGGAGAACACGGUGGCGGCGGCGCUUGCGGCCAUCCUGGCGGGCACGCUGGGCUGGCCGCACUCGCCGCAGGGCGACGAUGGCGUCAUUGGCGUGGGCCCUUACGGCCCCGCGCCCCGCGGCUAUGACCGCACCCGGGUCGUGUGCGCCGACGCGCCCGGCGACGCGCCGCUGCGGCCGGCGGCGGCCGUGGCUGCCGCCUACUACGCCGCGGGGCUGCCGCCGCGGCCGCGGCCGCGCCCCGGCCUGGUGCAGACGGCGCUGCAGUUCUCCGGCAGCCUGCUGCGCACCAAGUCGCAACGGCGCGGGGAGCAGCAGCAGCAGCUGCAGCAGGUGGCGGCCGGCCUUGCGGGUGCCGCGGGCGUGGCGGAGCGGGCGGCCGAGGAGGCGGCCGCGCAGUUGCUAGCCGCCAGUUCAGAGCCGGCGGCGGCGGGCCGCAUCGCGCGCCUGCCCCUGCUCGCCGCGCGCAAACAGCGCGCAAGCGCUCUGGGCAGCAGGCAAGGCGCUUCCGGUGCCGUCACGUCCGGUGACGCCGGCACUGCCGGGCAGCAGGCCCGUGUGCCGCUGCCGCUGCCGCCGCAGCUGGCUGCCUCGCUGCGCGCAUGGGCCGAGGUGCUGCCCGCGCUCGGCCGCUGGCAGCUGGAGUCGGGGCUGCGGCCGACCUUCGCCGCGGCCGCGGUCGGCGCCGCGGCCGCCAUCGUGGCUGGCACGACCGGCGUGGCGACGGCGGUGGGCGCCGCGGCGAUGCUGGCUGGCGCGCUGGGCGCCGCAACGGCGCCUACCCACGACGGCAGCGCCGCCGUUGUGAGCAACAUGGCAGUCAGCGUUGCCGCCACCGUCGCGGCCACCGCCGCAGCAGCGGCGUCCGCGGUGGCGGGCAGCGAGGCAACGAUUGCGGCCGCCACCGCGGCGGCGGCCGCCGCCACCCUUGCCGCCGCCAUGGCCACAACGGUGGUGGGCUCGUCGGUGCUGACCGGCGCGCACGGCGGCGUGCAAGCACCAUCGACGACGGCGGCGGCGGGUGGCCGCCUGGCGCAGGCGUCAUCGCCUCGGCCGCUCAUGUUGGGCGGGCGCUUCCCGGUCCUGCGCGCACCGGAGCUGGUGGCGGCGGCGGCACCGGUGUCCGUGUCCAACGGUACUGGCACGUCCUCAUUGGUGACCGGAGCCGGCGUGGCGGCGGGCCCGCCCGGGCCGCUGCCGCCCAAGUAUCCGGGUGCGUCGCCCGCGCCGCCGCGGCCUCCGUCCCGACUCGCCGGGCCCGUGGCGGGUGCCGGCGCGGCGGCGCCGCGGUGGGUGCUGCGGUUCGGCGCAGCGCCGGCGGCCAGCCCCGGCAUCGCGCCGGGCGGCACCCCGCGGCCGGGCAGCGGCAGCGGCAGCGGUGGCAACAACACGCAGGCGCGUGGCGGCGCUGGCGGUGCCGGCAAGGCCCUGGGCCGCGGCUGGGUGCUCUGGUGGCGGCCGUCGGCGUCCGCAGCCGGCAGCGCGGCGCCGGCCAUGCCCAUGGACCCGCAGCCCGCUGCACCGCAGCGCUGGGGCGCGCAGGCCGCCGGCCGGCGCGUCGUCAAGCAGCAGCCGCUGACGGCGCCGCCGGUGGUUGACGCCGCCGCCGUGGCGCCGCCCUCGGCUCGGGCCGCCACGCCGCUAGCGCACCUGCGCUCGCAGCUGCUGGGCUCGCUCAGCCGCGGCUCGGGCCGCGCCGUGCUGCCGCUGCCGCCGGCGCUGGCGGCGGAGGGCCUGGAGUUCUGCAACGCAAUGCUGGAGCCGCUGCAGCCGCCCGCGGCGGCAGCAGCGGCGGCAGCCAUUGCUACUGCCGCCAGGCCCGCUGUCGGACUACUGCGGCCGCUACAGCCGCUGCAGGCGCAGGUGCGGCAGAUGCCACAGAAUUAUCCUGGCAAGCCGCAGCCCAAGGGCUCCACAGGCCGGGGCGCCGUUGCGCCGGUGGCUGUGGAGGCUGUGCCUGCCGCCGCAGUGGCGGCGGCGCCGCUGGCCGGGCAGCCGCCGGUGGCGGGGCUGGCGCCGGUGGUGGCGAUGCGGCGGGUGACGGAGGGCCUGCGGCGGCAGCUGCUGCUGCACCGCGGCGUGUGGUGGCGGGCGCUGGUGGGCGGUGUGGUGGGCGCGCUGAUGCGGCCGGUGGCGCUGGUGGGCAUGCUGGGCCGACUGCCCAUCAUGGGCCUGCAGGCGUUCCGCCGCACGGGCGCGCAACCGCUGGCGGCAGCUGGUCCCGCCGGUGCAGCCGGCGCCGCCGCUCUGGCCGCUGCCUCAGCCGCCGCAGCGCAGCUGCAGGCGACAGCGGCGGCGGCGCAGCCGCCGCCAGCGCUGACGCUGCCCGCCGCGCCAGCGGCGGCGGCAGCUGCUGCCGCCGGCUGGGAGGCGGUGGUGGUGGUGGGCUCCUGCCGCGACCCGCUGCGGGCGCUGCGCACCAAGGACAUGGCUGCCCUGAGGGCGCACGCCGACACCUGCCCGCUGGUGCCCGUGCUCCUCACCUGCGCCGGCACGCCGCCGGGCCGCCGCGCCGCCGCGCGCGACACGCUGGCGGCGGCGUGCGGCGUGGAGCCCGGCGCCGUGCGCGUGCUGGUGGUGGAAGAGGCGCUGCUGCACCGCCCCGCGGCCCUGGUGCCGCACACCGACCUGCCGACCGUGUGGGAGCAGCUGGGCGGCUGCGCCGGCGCGGCGGAGCUGCGCCGCGCGGUGCGGGCGGCGGUGACGGCGACACGGGCGGCGCCGGAGGCGGCCACGGUGACGAUGCCAACGACCGCGGAGGCGGCCGCGGCCCCUUGGGGUGUGCUGGCAGCGACGGGCGUGGCUGGUAGCGAUGGUGUGGGCAGGGCGGUGGGCAGCCGGGUUGAGGCCGUGCCGGGCCGCGUGCUGGCGGCCGGGGGUGCCGCGGCUGUGGCGGCAGAGGGCACGCGGCGCGUGCGUUAUCACCCGCUUCUGAGCAACUCGAGGGCCUGAGCCCAGAUUAUUUCUUCUUUCAGGUGAUUAUUAGAAAGGCAUGGAGGCCUUAUGUUGGCAGGGCGUGUUGCCUUGGUAUCAUUUUGCUGCUCUGAAUGCCACGCACGGUACCCAUUGGGACACGGUUGCGGCAUGGAGCUGGUGAGGCAGGGUAGUGUAGCUGGGGGGACAUACCAGGCGGGAAGCAGGGCAGGCCACUUGAGAAAGAUUGGGCGAAGAUCGGAGUGCACCGUUAUGUUAGCACAGGUUGAAUUCUUUGCAAGAUGCAAGUGUCAGGCAAGGGCAAUUUUAUCAAUGGCUGCGCCCCGAAGGUACGCGUGUCAGGCAUGUCAGGGCUUGCUAUUUAAAUCAAUUCCCUGUGGCCUGGUAAAUGAGAUUAGUGGUGUAGACAUUACCCGGGUCCCGCAGCCUGUGGGAGCCAUAUGCCCUGCAAUCUGCGGGCCGGGUCGUUUGUGGCUCUAGGAGUGCUCUAGCUUCAGUAUUGCGCCGGUGCCAUUGCCGCUGCGCAUGUUUGCCAUACUAUCGUCGUAUCAAGCCAUCUAAAAGACAAGAGCUGUGCGGCGUGUGGUAGGCUGGCGACAUGUUCCAGCCCAAAGCACGUUGCCGGGGCGUGGGAAAAAGAAUGCGUCGGCCAUGCCUGUGCCGGCCGACCUUUGCGGUGUUCAGCUGGGGCUCGGGCGAUCGGAUCGGGUAGAUUAAAGGCCGUGCUUGUAGACAGACUGUGUGCCGUAUGGGUCAGGUCACGUGUGUGCGUGGGGUUUUGGAAACAGCAAUGUGCUGCACAAGUGCGAAUGCGUUUGGUGUGUGCGCGAAGGCUGCAGUCGCGGGGUCUGGUGGCGGACAGGGGCUGGCUGCAUGCGACAGCGUACACGGUGAUUUGUCAGUGUCAGGGGCCGGAGCGGGGGGCGGGGUGCGAAGGGCAUUCUCGCUAAUGACGGGAUGCACUGGAGCCAAGAACGGCGCACGUGUGCACCGACGGGCGCGUCGCCCGGUCACAACAAAGCUGAGACGGACGAAGCGUUGAUGAUGAGCCGUGUAAUGAGAUUGCGUCCAGGGUUCCACGGGCCAAUGGUCGGAUGACGCUACGCUGGCUGCGGUAAAGGCUGAGUUGCGCGUUCGAACGCUGUCAUCACCCCUCGUCCGACACAUGGCAGCGACACGCAGUGGGAGAUGCUCCAGCCCUCCCAUGCCAACGUAUCUUUGCUGUCGU